UUCCUCAUUGCCAUUUCCUAUUCUAUAUUCCACCAGUAAGCUACAAACAUGUCCGAGGUUGAGCUAGACACAAAGGCGUUUCACCGCCGCGCAAAGCGCCUGCUAGAUUCGUGGAAGAAUAACGGCCUGGCUGGUAGCAAGGGCUCGGAUGUCGACACAGUGUUGCUGCUUCAGGGGCGGUCUGACGAGACCAACUCGUACACAAAGACGAUUGCAACGCAGAUGUGGCUCUUGGGCUACGAGUUCCCUAACACACUGAUGCUGUUCACGAAGAGCAAGCUGUAUAUCAUUGCCAGCCCGAAGAAGGCCAAGAUUCUGCAACCGCUGCAGGGCGUGCCAGACGGCGUGCCUAUUGAGAUUCUCAUCCACGGCAAAGACGCGGCAAAGAACCAGACGGUAUUUGAUCAAACGAUUGCGACCAUCCAGGAGGCCGGGCCGAAUGUCGGUGUGGUGGCCAAGGACACCAGCAGUGGCAAGCUGGUCGAUGAGUGGAACACAGCAUUUGAGCCGAGCAAGGGCUCAAUGACUAUGGUUGACGUAAGCCACGGGCUGUCGCGCGUGCUGGCGCUUAAGGAGGAUGGGGAGCUCCAAUAUGAAAAGACAGCUGCAUCGAUUUGCUCGACGGUGAUGCAGGAUUUCUUUAUCGAGGACAUGGCCAACACAUUCGAUCAAGAGAAGAAGGUCAGCAACAUGAAGAUGUCAGAGCGGAUCACGGGUGUGCUGACCAACGACAAGCUGUCCAAGCGGCUAUUUUCCAAGGUGAAGAUGCUCGACAUGGUCGAAUGGAGUACUGAUCCGGUGGUUCAGAGCGGCGGGCGCUAUGACCUGUCGCCGUCUGGUGCCUCAGAUACAGCGCAGCUGCAUGCAGGCACCGUGGUGUGCACCCUGAGCAUGCGGUACUUUAUGUACAGCGCAUCUAUCUCGCGUACGUUCCUGGUGGAUCCGACGCCUGAACAAGAGAGGAACUACGGGCUUUUGCUCACCUUGCAGAAGCAGAUGCUCGACUGGGUCAAGCCUGGUGUCAAGAUGGGUGCUAUUUACAGCCAGGCUGUAGCGUAUGUGCGUGAGCACCGGCCCGAUCUCGCAGACAACUUUGUCAAAAACUGUGGAUUUGUGACUGGAAUCGAGAUGUGUGACGGUACCAACAUAAUCUCAGCGACAUGCGACGAGGUUGUGCAGGUCAACAUGGUCCUCACUCUACGCGUGGGGUUGGAGAACAUGACCAACCCUAAGGCGAAGGACAGCCAGUCGCGCACCUAUUCCUACCAGCUUGUCGAUACGGUGGUGGUCAAGGAGUCGGGGGCCGAGUUUCUGACAGUCUGCAGCAAAGAGCCCAACGACGUGCUGUUCUUCUUCAACGACGAGGAGUCGACGCCAGCAGCAAAGAGCGAGGCCAAGCGCGAGAAGAGCAGUGCCAGCAGCUCUGCGAGCCGCCGUGCGCCAGUAACCCGCACCUCCGCCAUUCUGCCCUCCAAGUUCCGCAGCGAGGAGAAGGAGGAGGAGUCCAGCAUGCGCAAGCGCCGCGAGCACCAGAAGGAGCUGAUUGCCAAGCUGCUGGUUGACGGCCGUCGCCGCUUUGCCGGCGAUGAGGGCGACGAUGGCGAGGAAAAGCAGGUUAUCAAGAAGUUUGAGAGCUACAAGCGCGAGACGGCUCUUCCGCGCGAGGCCCAGAGCUGCCGCAUCAUCGUCGAUGAGCGCGCCGACACAAUUGUCCUGCCCAUCUAUGGUAUGGCGGUGCCGUUCCACAUCUCGGCGCUGAAGAACAUCAGCAAGAAUGACGAAGGCGAGUACGUCUACCUGCGCCUGAACAUGGUGUCGCCGGGUCAGGGUGUGGGCAAGAAGGAAAACCUGCCCACUGACGACCCGACGGCGACGUUUGUGCGCUCUCUUACGUUCCGAUCGACCGACGCGGUGCGGAUGGCCGAGAUAUUCCACAGCAUCCAGUCGCUGAAGCGCGACCAGAUUAAGCGUGAGACUGAAAAAGCGCAAAUGGCCGACAUCAUCCAGCAGGACCGUCUCGUGCCGAUCACAGGCCGGCGGCCGAUCCGACUGCCUGAUGUGUUUAUGCGGCCGGUGGUUGAUGGCAAGCGGUUCCCAUCGGCACUGGAGAUCCACAACAACGGCCUCCGGUACCUGUCAACCGGGCGCCACAACAAUGCGACGAUCGACAUUCUGUUCAACAACGUGCGGCAUCUGUUCUUCCAGCCGUGCGACAACGAGCUGCUGGUGCUGAUCCAUGUGCACCUGAAGAACCCGAUCAUGCUGGGCAAGAAGAAGAUGCAAGACAUCCAGUUCUACCGUGAAGCGUCGGACGCGUCGUUCGACGAGACCGGCAACCGCCGCCGGCGCUUCCGCUAUGGCGACGAGGACGAGAUUGAGGCCGAGCAGGAGGAGCGCCGCCGCCGCCGCCAGCUCAACAAGGAGUUCAAGGAAUUCGCCAGCAAGAUCGCCGAAGCCAGCAACCACGAGGUCGAGGUCGACACUCCGUUCCGCGAGGUCGGGUUCAACGGUGUGCCUGCGCGCGCCAACGUGUUCCUGCAGCCCACGGUUGAGUGCCUGGUCCACCUCAGCGACACUCCCUUCUUCAUUAUCACCGUGGCCGACGUCGAGAUUGUGCACCUGGAGCGCGUGCAGUUUGGCCUCAAGAACUUUGACAUGGUGUUUGUGUUCAAGGACUUUAAGCGUGCGCCUGUGCACGUCAACACGGUGCCGAUGAAGCAGCUCGACAACGUCAAGGAGUGGCUGGACUCUGUCAACCUGGCCUACACUGAGGGUCCGGUCAACCUCAACUGGGCCCAGAUCAUGAAGACGGUCAACAAGGACCCCGCUGGGUUCUUCGAGGACGGCGGCUGGGGGUUCCUGGCCCACGACUCGGAUGCCGAGGGCGAGUCGUCCGAGGAGGAGGAGAGCGAGUUCACCGUGUCUGAGGAUGAGUUUGACGAGUCCGAGUCCGAGUCGUCGGAGGAAGAGUCGGACUUUGGCACCGAAAGCGAUGCCUCUGACAGCGACGUUGAUGAGGACGAGGAGUCGGGCGAGGACUGGGACGAGCUGGAGAAGAAGGCCAAGGCGUACGACGACAAGCGCGGUGUCCCUGGCGACAGCGACAAUGAGCGCCCGCAAAAGCGCGCCCGCAGAAGAUAGUCGGGCAUAUCUAGCAUCUUUCCCCGUAUUUCUUCACUGUUUCAAAUCUCAGCUGCCUAAAAAAAAGUCAGCAGCCGUGGA